AGGUCGGCGUGGGCGACGGCGCGCUGACAGAGGCGCUGCUAGCGCGCCCCGGCUGCGAGCGGGUGGUCGGCUUCGAGAUCGAUGGCGACAUGCUGCAGGCCGCCCUGCGCCGCGGCGCUCUCGUGCGCGCCGGCGUCGCGGCGAGGCUGCUGCCGCCCGGGGCGGCGGGGUGGGCGCGCCGAGAGUGGGCGGAGGCGCUGGCCGCGCUGCCGGCGGGCGCGCGCUGCGCGCUGCUCCAUGGAGACGUGCUGUCGUGCGCCUCCGUCCCUGGGGAGUGUCAGGUGGUGGCUGGAAACAUCCCCUACCGCAUCUCGACCGCCAUCGUCUGCCGCCUGCUUCUCCAGGUCCCGCCCCUCCGGCGCAUCGUGCUGCUGGUCCAGGCCGAGUUUGCCCGCAGGCUCCUGGCAGCGCCCGGCAGCAUGAAGUACGGGAGAGUCUCGGCGCUGGCGGCCUGUCUCUGCGGCAGCCGCAGGCUGGUUGAGGGGGCGGUCCCAGCGCAGCUCUUCUCGGGCCCAGCGCCGAAGGUGGACUCGGCCGUGGUUUCGCUGGAGCCGCUCCCGGGCGGGUGCCGCAGCGAAGGAGGUUCUGCCGUCCACCCUGCCGUGCUGGAGCGGCUGCUGCGCGGGCUCCUGGAUGGCGCGCGAGGUCCAGCGCGCGGGCUCGGCGCGGAGGAGAUGCUUGCGCAGAGCGAGGAGCCGCUCGGGCUGCCCGGCGGCUGGCGCUCCGCCGUGGCCGCCAGCGGCGUCGGGGCGGCGCCGGUGAUCUCGCUUGCGCCCGAGCAGCUGGCGGGGCUCGCGGCGCGGUUGCAGUCGCUGGGGUGGUCGGCCCAGGGCCCCGGCGCGCCAGUGAGGAA